GACGAUGAUGCAACGCUGCAAGAUUUGUCCGAGGCCCUCGAGGCAAGGAUUGGCAUCUCAGCAGGGGCAAAGCUGGUACUGAUGUCUGGUGAAGGCACCUUGGAAGAGUGCAGGCUCUCCGUGAGACGCCUUCCAAAAGCAGAAAUUACGUAUGUUAUCCAGCGGGUUGGUGCCGGCCACGCAGCAUUGAGUUUGAAACGUGUAUUGUGCCGUCCGGAAACUCUGCUUACGCUAGCAGAAGUAGCAGAUCUCAGAGCAAUUUCCGCGGUGACUUUGGGCCAGUUGUUCGACAGGAGUCUGCAAGGUGUCACAUUGCCAGUGAACCUGCAGGCGUUGACAUUUGGCAGGAGGUUCAACCAGAGUCUGGCAGGUGUGAAGCUGCCAGCCAACCUGCAGACAUUGACAUUUGGCGGCAAGUUCAACCAGAGUCUGCAAGGUGUCACGCUGCCAGCCAACCUGCAGACAUUGACAUUUGGCGGCAAGUUCAACAAGAGUCUGGAAGGCGUCACGUUGCCAGCUAACCUGCAGACAUUGACAUUUGGCGCCGAGUUCAACCAGAGUCUGGCAGGUGUCACAUUGCCAGCUAACCUGCAGACGUUGACAUUUGGCGAGCGGUUCAACCAGAGUCUGGCAGGCGUCACGUUGCCAGCCAACCUGCAGACAUUGACAUAUGGCGCCUAUUCCAACCAGAGUCUGCAAGGUGUCACGUUGCCAGCUAACUUGCCCACAUUGAUGUUUGGCACCUUGUUCAACCAGAGUCUGGCAGGUGUCACGUAG